AUGAAGUCGAUGCUUACUAUACUUGAGGAGCGGGGGUAUAUCAACCAGAUUGUCGGGGAAGAUCUGGACAAGCUCCUCACCCACCGUCGAGUUGGAGUCUAUGCUGGCAUAGACCCGACCGCCCCUUCUCUACAUGUUGGUCAUAUGGUUCCCUUCAUGGUCCUGGGUUGGCUCUAUAUCCAUGGCUACAAGGCCAAUUUCAUUUUAGGGGGAUUCACCGCUAGUAUUGGCGACCCUUCGGGCCGGUUGAAAGGCAGAGAAAUGAUGUCUCCAUCGCAGAGGAAAGGCAACAUGGCAGCUAUGCACAUUCAACUCAAAAGGCUCGGUGCGUCGAUCGAAACAUACGCCGCACGGAAAGGAUAUACGCGGGAAUGGGCCUGGCGCAGAUCUCUCGAGAACAAUGUAACAUGGUGGUCCAAGGUCACAGCAAGAGAGUUUCUGUCCAUUCUCGGUCGGCACAUACGGAUAGGUCCAAUGCUGGGCCGAGACACGGUGAAGAAUAGGCUAGAGAAAGGGGACGGAAUGUCCUUUGCUGAGUUCAGCUACCCCCUGGUACAGGCAUGGGACUGGUGGCAUUUGUUUCAAUCCGGUUGCCAGCUGCAAGUCGGUGGAGCAGACCAGUUUGGAAAUAUUCUCGCGGGUGCUGAAGCUGUGAAGCAAAUUGCCAAAGACUCCCACGAGUACCAGGUUGCGUUGCGGCAAACACAGCUCCUCGAUUCAAAGCGCGGCAUUGAGGUCACUUCGGAUCCAAUGGGAUUCACCGUCCCUCUCUUGACUACGGCCUCGGGGCAAAAGUUUGGAAAGAGCGCUGGUAAUGCUGUCUGGCUUAAUCCAGAUAUGACGAGCAUCUUCGACCUCUAUCAGUUCUUCCUGCGCUCCUCAGACUCCGACGUCGAAAAAUACCUCAAGUUGCUGACCUUCUUGCCCUUGCCCGAGAUCACCGAAAUCAUGAAGGAGCAUCAAAAAGAUCAAUCAAAACGGAUAGCACAGCACAAGCUCGCAAAAGAGUUCGUCGAGCUCAUCUACGGGCUAGAUGCUGCGAACAGCGCCGAAAGUGAACAUCGUCAACUUUUCCAAAAAGGCAUUAGCCUCAGCGAUAUGAAGGCGAGCUUGACAGAGACACGAGCAAGUGAUACACAUUCUUCUGGCACCCCACUCUUCGCACACCCCUCAUUAAACAAGCAUGCGCAGCCUUUGCGGCGGGAAGACAAUGUGUCGACUCACAUCAAGCUCCCACGGAGCCUCAUUUCCCAGAAACCUAUGAGCAAUAUUCUCUGGUCGGCAGGGAUGGUGACGUCAAAAACAGAGGGCCAGCGACUUAUUAAUGCUGGAGGGGCGUACGUGGGUGGCGCCUCAGAUGCAACAAAUGCAAUGGACGAUAGCCUCAGCUUUACACCCGUCAAGACGUCCGACUGGAAGGAGGUUCAAAAAUGGAUCAUCGACGACAACUUGCUCAUUCUCCGAACGGGUAAGUGGAGGAUUAAGAUUAUCAACAUCGUCCCAGACGAGGAAUAUGUGGAGCUUGGAUUGACAUGCCCUGGAUGGGAUGGACCUCCUGAGAGCAAGGACAGUCCUGAUGUGUCAAUGGACAACAACAGAGAGGUGGGGGAGGCGAGUCAACGGUCUUGA